AUGAAGCUCUCGUCCGCUCUCCUCGCCGCCUCGCUAGGCUUGGCGGCUGCCCAUGGCGACAAUGAUGGCCAACACGUGCCCAGGCUGCUGGGAGGGAGGAGGUUCAUGGCCGACAUCAAGAUGCGCCGCCCGGUAGUUGCACAUGAGCCGUUGCCUGCCAGGAGACCAGCAGCAUCUGCUAAGAAGGCAAACCACCUUCAAGAGCGACAAUCUGACAACACAAACGGGCAAUGCGGUCCAGGAGUUGGAAGCUGUGCCGCGGCAUAUUGCUGCUCCCCCGAAGGGUGGUGUGGCAAGACAAAGGAUUACUGUGCUGCCCCCGACUGUCAAAUCAACUACGGCACCGGUUGUGACGCCAACAAGAAGCCGUCUGGUGUAGAUACAACAAGUAUUCCUAGGCCAAAACUAGGAACAGCCCUCUACGGCGGAGCCGGCAUAUACGACUGUGUGAACCCCGGCCACAUUGCUCUCACCUUUGACGAUGGGCCGUAUAUAUAUACGAACGACCUACUUGACAAGCUCAAGAGCUACGGAGCCAAGGCAACAUUCUUUAUCACGGGUAACAACCUUGGCAAGGGAAUGAUCAAUGAUCCUGCUACCAUCUACCCUGCCAUACUAAAGCGGAUGCAUGCGGAGGGACACCAAAUCGCCAGCCAUACCUGGUCACAUCAGAACGCCAGCCAGUUGACCAACACACAGUUCACCAACCAGAUGAUAUGGAAUGAAAUUGCGUUCAACUCGGUCCUGGGCUUUUUCCCAGCGUACAUGAGGCCGCCUUAUUCCAUCUGCGAGAAAAACUGCCAGAACAUACUGUCGACCUUGGGUUACCACGAGAUCUACUUCGAUCUCGACACGGCCGGUUAUCUAAAUGAUAGUCCCACCAAGAUCCAGAACAGCAAGAAUAUAUUCAUCCAGGCCAUGGACAACUCCGACCCCUCGACGGAUUCUUUCCUGCAGAUCGAGCACGACAUCCACUCGCAGGUUGUGUACAACCUGACCGACUAUGUCCUCACCAACAUGCUGUCCUACGGCUACCAGCCCGUCACGGUAGGCGAGUGCCUGGGAGACCCAAUAUCUAACUGGUACCGCGCCGGCCCGGGAGGCUCCGUGCCCACGUCCACGGUCCGGUCCACCGUCGUCAGCUCCACCGCACGCCCGACAACAGCGAGCACGUCGUCCAGCGGCGCCACGAGAACCAUCAUCUCCACCUCCCCCACGGGCACGGGCGUGAGCACCAACGGCCUCUGCGGCAACGGGGUAACGUGUGCCGGCUCCCGCUACGGGUCCUGCUGCUCCGCGUUUGGCUUCUGUGGCACCGGCGACGACUACUGCCUCGUUGAGAACGGGUGCCAGAAGAAUGCCGGCACCUGUGCGGGUGCGGGUGCCUCUUCCACGGUUCCCACUUCUACUGGUAAGGAUUCUAUGUGA